AGCAUUUAAUGCGGAACUUAGUAGCUGAACUCAAAAUGCAGGCAGAAAAGAAAAAGCAGGGCAAAUUCCAACCAAUAAGGAAACUGUUUGGUAAAAAGAGAAGGAAGGUACCGCUCAUAAUUCCUGAGAAAAUAAAUCUAAAAUCCAGUCAGUCCACUGAGGAUGUUCGAAGUGUCAUUCAGCCAGCUACUGGGGAGUCUGAAGAUGAAUUAAGGUCCGCUAGCAUUAACAUGGAAACCAGAGCAUUAUCACAUGAGAGUGUUUUUAGCCCAGAGGGCUCAACAGGAGAAGGAACAAUGGCAAAAGCGACAUCCGAGGAAAACCUCCCAGGAAAAGUGCAAAUCCUUCAGAAUCAACUGGCAAAAAAUAUCAAAUUUGGCCAGCAUCCCCUGAUUCUCACUGGGAAAAGAAUGGAAGAUACUGGAGCCAAUUCAGAGGGUGAUCAAUUUCUUCACAGUCCAUUGCAACAACCUGCUCUGCAGGAAAGCAAAUUACCAGCAUCAACCACUAAGUCCAAUGACCCAUCCAAUUGUCUAAGCUCCUUGAUUUUAGAUGAAACAGGAGUUGGAGCAGAAGAGCAGGUUUCAACUGUUCGAUCUUCGUGGCCCAGUAGAUCUCUGUCAUUAGUGACUUCUGGUGGGACCAUUGAAUCAAUUAACCUGGAUGCUGUUCCACAGUCUGUGAGCCGCCUGGACAACACUGCUGCGAAACAUAAACUUUCUGUCAAGCCAAGAAAUCAAAGAAUCUCAAAGAAACAUGGGAGACUUGCACAGGAAAUGCGGAGUGCGACGAUCCAUGAAUUUGACUUUGCACUGGAAGAGAAGGAGACAAUUUAUGUUGUGAAGGACCUAAAACGUUACAAAAUAGAAGAGGGAAAAGGACAAGGAGAGAAAAACCAUCUUAAAGAUGGGAAGGAAAUAAGCAGAGAUGAAACAAAGGUGCUCAAUAAGCAGGGUGCAGAACAAAGCCAUUCUGAAUUGGAGGGGCAAAAGAGAUGGGAAGACGAACAACAGGAAACUGAAGAACAAAUAAUGCAAGAAGAAGAUCAGACACAUUAUGAAAUAGAAAAGCAGAAACUAAAUGAGGAAAAAUUAAAUAGGGAAGAACAGAAAUAUGGUGAAUUAGAGGAGCAGAAAGCUCAUGAGGAAGAACAAAAGCUUUAUGAAGUGGAGAAGCAAGGAAUACAUGAGGAGGACCAAAAAUGUUGUGAAAUGGAGAAAGAGAAUUUUUAUGAGGAAGAAAUGAAAUUUCAUAAAUUAGAAGACCAGAAAUUACAUAACGAAGAAGUGUUAGGUGAAACAGAGGAUGACCCACCAUUUGAGGAAGAACAAAACUAUGAAGUAAAAGAGAAAAGGUUGGAUGAGGAAGAAGAAAAAUGUGAGCCGAAGGAGCAGAAAUUAUAUGAGGAUAAAAAAAGAUGCGAUGAAUUGGACAAACUGAAAAGUGAUGCAGAAGUGAUGCAACAUCAUGAGUUGAUGGAGCUGGAAAUGAAAAAAGAGGAACAAAAAUAUUUUGAGGUAAAAGGUCUGAGUAAAGAAGACCUAUAUUUCCAUGCUACUGAAAACAACCAAUUGAAUGAAGAGCAAAGAAAACACAACUUGGAAGAACAGAGACAACAGAAAGAAACAGAAAGACAGCAUGAUUUAAAGAAACAACAAAGGGAAGAAGAGAGUCAAAAGGAUGUUGAGCUGUUAAAUCAAGAAAAGCAACAACUCAUUGAUACACAAGAAGAGGAGCAACGCAGAGGCGAACUUAGAUGGAAGGAGGUAGAUCAAAGACAAACAAUGUCGAGUCCAUUUUCAUUCCAAGUUUCUUCAGGAGAAAAGCAAAUCAUUUUUCAGAAAGUUAAUCUGACGCCUGUGACCCAUCCAAGAGAAGCUGUUUCUUCUUUAGAUGUGAGUGAGUUACAGGCCUCCACAAAAUCAAGUAACGGCCUUUCAUCUUCAAUUUAUGUUCCUCAUACUGCCAUUUUGGUUACAGGAGCACAGCUUUGUGGUACAGCCGUUGAUCUGGAACAGAUCAAAGACACAGCUUGCAAGACUUUGCUUGGUUUUUCAGAAGAGAGAAAAUCUGUUGAUUUACCACCUGUUGAAAAGCCAUCUAAAUCCAAUCAGGGUGCCAGAAGUAGAAUUGGUAAAUCCAAAUUCAAUCCAGAACCAUCAGUCGAGCAGGCAAGAUCAUCAACUUUAACUGAGUGGGCUACCAUUAGGGCUAAAAUACUUAAAAGUUCAGAUGAAAGGUUUCAAGAAAGAAGAGUACAUGGGAGAUUUAGUGAUGACUGGACUACCUUCAGAGCUUCCAGUAUGCAUAGCAGCUUGAGAAAAACUUUAUCUGCAAAUGCAAAAUUCUCCAUAACACCUGCGUGGCAGAAAUGGGCAGAUGGCAAUAAGAUCAACAGUUCUGAGAAAAUGAAUGUCUCGCACAAAGCAGAGAAACAGACUACACCGGAGGAAACUGUAUUUGCACAUAAUCGCGCAAUGGAUUUUUCUGAACCUAGUGGGCCAUUGAUGUCUGAAAGCAUUGCACAAGAUGCAACCAAAGACACACAAGAUGACUCGCACUCAGAUAAUCACAAUAUUAGGAUAGAGGAUGUUGCCGAAGGUUACAAGUUUGCCAAAGAUCUUCCAUCGUUUCUAGUUCCAAGUCUUCCUGCUGUGCAAAGGAAAGAGCAUUCAGUCCCGCAAGCUCAACCACCAGUUACUAGCCAAGCUGCUAGCAAUGUGAUCACACAAACUGAAGGUGCAAUGGAUACAUCCCCAUUUGGCAUAAAAUUACGGAGGACUCACUAUUCCCUUCGGUUCCAUUGUGAACAGCAAGGAGAACAAAAACGGAAGAAACGAUAUAGUGCUGGAGACAGUAUGGAAGGAAUUCCAGCAUUCCUGGCCUCAAAAGAAAAAGAAGGUGAAUCAUACACUGUUUCUGGUAAGCAAUUCUCUUAUAACAAAGAUAAUAAGGUUAGUAACAUUUUGAAAGACAGCUCAAAUAGCAUUUCAGACAUUUCACAGACUGGGAUUCUGCAUCUAAGUAGUAUUGAUGUGGCAAAACAUGUUAAAAAUAAACUUGCUGCACGUUCAAGUGAGAAAGUUUCAUCGAGGCCACAACCAUCUCCGAAACCUGCUUUAGCACCCAAGCCUAUACGGUUCACUCCACCUCCGUCCCCUCAUAACACCUUAAACAAGAGCGCAGACCAUAAAAACACAAAGAAUCCACUUGAUUCAAAUGUGAGAAAAGAAGACGGGAAGAAUGACACUUCAGUUCAAACAUACAGAUUAAGGAAUGAAGAAGUGGAAACAAAGGAUAUAAAAUCUUUUUUCCCAUCCAUCAACAUUCCAUGGCGAGAGAGGGCAGACAAAAAGUCAGACUCCAUUAAGAAAGAGAAACCUGUUCUUCAGAGCCGACAUUCUCUGGACAGCACACGGCUUGUGGAUAGAGUGGAAUCUUCCCAGCCUCUAUGGAUCACUCUAGCGAUGCAGAAGCAGAAAGGAUUCCGUGAGCAGCAGGCCAGCCGAGAAGAAAGGAGACAAGCCAGAGAAGCAAAGCUAGCAGAGAAACAGACUAAAGAAAAUACAAUCGUGUCCAGCUCCAUGGACAAUAAAGGAGGCAAUCAUUACAUGAGUACACUGCAGAAAUCCAGUCAGGAUGAGGAAAAGAAAAUUGGGAGCAAUAUUAUGUCAAAAGUGGAACGCCGUGAACUCCUAAAAAAAUCUGCUACACUUCCAAACUCUGUCACAGUUGAAAUAUGUGAUUCAGUGGGAUCAAAUACACAAGUGAAAGAAUUACCGAAGAGAUUCUCAACUCCUGAUGCUGCACCAGUAUCGGUGGAACCUGCCUGGCUAGCGCUUGCCAAGAGAAAAGCUAAAGCUUGGAGCGACUGUCCUCAGAUAAUUAAAUGAACCCAAACGGCUUGGGAACUGCCACUAUAUGUUGUAUAGCUUUCACUGAACAAGAAGUGCUAAAGUGUAUUUAAUUUUCAAAAGAAAUUAAAAUCAUAAAACAAAAGCACUGGCUUGUGCUGCAUAUGUCACAUUUCUCAGUAUAUCAAGAAUGCAAAUAACACGUAGCUUGUAAAUGUAAUUCUUAAUUUGCGUUCUCUGUAGUUCCCCAAUAUAGUUUGUAUAUCAAACAUACACAAAAAGAAAUUGCCACUGCAAAGAUUUAACUAUCUCAGUCCUCAUCUGUGUAUGGUAUUCUCACCCUGCUCCCAUCACUUCAAACCCCCACUUACUUACAAAACAUAUGGGAGGUUAUGCUUUUUACUCUAAAAUAGCUCAAAUUUUGACUUGUAUUAUAGGGUUGACUAAAUAGUAUCCUAACGUCCUCCAAUAAAAUACUAAAUAUUUCCAAACUUGACUGUAAAUUAAACUUGUUUUUAAUUUUAGCAUUUAGUUAAAUUAUAUUUUUGGAUUGGACUUUGGCAUGACGCACAUGCUUGUGAUUCUAGUACAUUUUUGUUUCGAAUAAUGCUAACAAGAACAAGAAAUGAAGAUUAUUUAUUUUGAAUAGUUGGUUAAUAUAACCAACAUUUAAAACAGGAAGUAUAGUAAUAUAAAUAAAAAGUUAAAAUUGAAAUGCCUUGCCGAAAGUUAAACCAGUCCGCAUACAGUAGUUCAAGCAGUGAUGGAAAAAUAGUUUCCUACUCCAUUCCACCUUAACCAUUCUCCCAACCUUCUAAUUUAUUUUGUUUAGUUCAUGUGUUUUACCUAUUCCAUUGCACAGAAUUUGGGUAAGAAAUGAAUAUAGGUACCGUAACCAACAUUUUCUGUAUUAAAUACUCUUUUGAAUAUUUCCUCUGCCCAUUGGUGAUGGGCCGGUUAAUUUAAUCUAUCUCAGACAGUUUGCAAAUACGUCUUUCCUGCUUUGUGGACAGUCUCCUCUGAAGGAACAAAAUUGAAAAAGGAUACAGGGAACCAAUUUCUGCUAGGUCUGUUUUGUAAAUUUGAGUUAAUGAGCCAGGAAAAUCUUGUAAAAAUUGCAGAAAUACCGUUUGUGGAUUUCCACCUCUGUUUUGCAGAAGUUACAGAAGAUUACUGAGAAACCUAUAUAACUUUGCUCUCAUUUGUCCAAACAGUCCACUCAUCACUAGUAGCUAAUAUGUUACUCUUCAAGUUGCAGCAAAAUCUGGACAAUAUCAAAGUUUGAUCUGACAAGUGGUCACUUAAGUACCAGGCAAAAGCCAUCUCCAACAAGAAUCAUCACCUUUGACAAUCAGAGAAAACAAGGUGUGGAGCUGGAUGAACACAACAGGCCAAGCAGCAUCAGAGGAACAGGAAUGCUGACAUUUCAGGCUGAGACCCUUCUUCAGAAAAUUCUUGGCCUGCUGUGUUCAUCAAGCUCUGUACCUUGUUAUCUCAGAUUCUCUAGCAUCUGCAAUUCCUACUAUCUCUGAAACAACCUCUGACAAUCAGUUGAUUUGCUGUAACCCCAUCCUGGGGUUUACCAUUGAGCAAUAGCUGAACUGGACUAGCCAUAUAAUUAUUGUGGCUACAAGAACAGGUCAGAGACUACAAAGCCUGCAUCAGCUAGCUCACCUCCUGAUUUUCUAAACUCUGUCUGCCAACUACGAGGCACAAAUCAAGAGUGAGAUGGAAUAUUCCCCACUCACCUGAAUUGAGUGUUGCUCCAACAAUAAUCAAGAAGCUUGACGCCAUCCAGCAGAGAUUACUUGACUAGCACCUCAUCCAUAAGUAUUCACUCCUUCCACGACUAUUACUUAGUAGCAGCAGUGCACAACAUCUACAAUAUUCAAUAAAGAAAUUCAGUCAGGCUCCUCGAACAACAUGUUCCAAAACCAUGACCAGUUCGAUCUAAAAGGAUAUUGGGCAGCAGAUACAUGGGAGCAACAGCGCAUGCAGGUUUCCCUCCAAACCACUCACCGUCCUGACUUGGAUUCCUUCAAUAUUGCUGGUCAAAAUGCUGGAACUCCCUCUCUAUGGACAUUGUGAGUCUACUUGCACCAAAUGGGCAGAUCUUUCAACAAGAUCGCCUCAAUACUGAGAAGCAGCAGCAGCAGCUUCAGGGCUUUUAUUCUUUUCAUUUUUUAUUCCCAUAAUAUUUCAUCAGUGUAAAUUUGUUUCUUAAUCUGAAUGCAGUUAAAUUGGAGAUUUGUAAAUUGAUUCAUUUUCGUGUGUCACGUCAAUUCUUACUAGUUCUCUAAUAACUCAUCAUGUUUUGGGACUUUAAACAGAAUUUUAAACUGACAUUCAAGUCCACUAACCCUACAUAUCUGUGGGCAUAAAUCAGCAUGAAGUAAUGGUAUAAUGGAAAAUAACAGACAUUGCAAAAACCUAUGCCUAUAAUAUCUAGCAUAUAAUUGUUCUCUGGUAACUUUUAAGAUGCAAUAGAGCCAUUAAAAAACAAAUUUGAAAUAUGUUUGAUAAUGUUAGCGUAGAAUUAUUAUUCAAUUUUACUUAAACCACUAUUAAGCUUACAAGAUUUUCCAGUUCUAUUCAGGAACCAAUUGGUUACCGAUCGGAACUUUUUUCCUAAGUUGAUUUAUACUUUUAUGAUCACUUUAACCUUUCUAAGUAAUUUAUGCAGGUCCUUAAUUUAUAAAUAAAACUCCACGCCUUCGUUCUAAAUAGCAUUUUUCUUACUUUUAUGUGAAUGAGGGACUCCCGCGGAUUAUAUUAUUGAGAACAAAGUGCUGAUCCAUCACAUCAUAAUAUAACAUUCUGUGUACUAAAUUUAAACACACCUAAAACUUUGGAUCUGACAAAUAAUAUCAGCUCCUCAGCAUUUUUGCAUGAAAAUCAAUUGGUUUAGUCCAAAUGCAAAUUUCAUGACAAGAAUUAUAUAGCAGUUAUACCGCUCAUAAUGCAUCUUGGACUAGAAAAUGUCAGGCUAUUUAAUUCAGAUUAAAGAUAUCAGUCCUCUAAUCUGCCAUGUAAUAUAAGCAGGUAAUUACUUAUUUGAACAACAUGUAAUUUUUAUUUUAGUUGUCAAUUUAUGCACUUUAUUUACUAUAGUGUUUUUACAUUUCAUGAAACUGUAGAAACUAGUCAAAUUUGGGAAUAUUAUACUUCAUUGAUUUCGGCCAUCAAUUUCUGACAUAAAAUUAUGAUUAAUUUUGAUCAUUAACAGUAUAAAAUAAUGGACACAACUUUUUCUAUGGGAUUUGCAUAUAUCUCCUGGAACUAAAAGGAAAGAGUAAUUAAUGCUUUAAUGUUGUGUGACAUAAAAAGUAAUGAGGCAAUAUGGAGACCACAGCUUUUAUGUAACAUAUCUAAAUAAAAGUGAACCAUUCUAAUGCAAUCUGUAGGCUACUGAAGUCUUCAGUUAUUGAAAAUAUUAUUGUAACUCUCUGGGUAAUAUUUUGUUUAGUUAUCUUUGAGUCAUCAUGACUAUUUGUUCAAUAUGUAAAUUAUUACUGAGUGGAUUUUAUAAUCAAAUCAUCCACAGUGAAAAGACCUUCAUCAUUUUGGGUCAAUUUAUGUAAAUUUGCUGCUUCCAUCAGUUAGAUCAAUUAUUCCUUAAAAAGCUAAAUUAUUAAUGCAUCCAAGCAGUCUUAAGCUUUUUAUAUUAUCUGUUUCAGGGAUUGUAGAAUGUUUUCAGGGCUACAGGUGUCAUUGUUUCUUUCCAUUUAGAAUUUCCAGCAAAUGUUAAUAAAUUUGGAACUUCAACAAAUUUACAUACUUUCAUUAUGUUUGUUACAUUUUAAAUUUUAGAUGCAUAAAACUUUCUCUGGGAGGCAGCAAAAGAGGAAUGUGAACCACACCAACAGCACAAAAAUCUCUAGAAAUGUCAGUCUGUAAAAGAUUUCCAGUUUAUAAUCCAUUCAUUUUAAACAUUUACCCAUGACAAUACCAAAACCAUGACACUGAACAUUUUAAUUUACUCUGGGAUUAUUCUUUGAAAUUUUAAUUUACAGAGUUUAACAAAGUAGAACUUUGAUUUGUUUGUGAUAAUAACUUGUCAAAUUCUGAUUGAUUAGACUAAUGUGUAACUAAGAUUAAAAAAGGCUUAAAACACAUAUCAGGUUUGUCUGCAUGUAGAAGAAAAGGUAAACUAAAGCCUUAAUGAUAACCCUUUGUCAGAGCUGGGGUCUGAUUAUGUGUCACAUAUUGUCACUACUUCUGAAAAUGCAGUCUUUUUAUUUCAGAUUUUAACCAUCAGGUUUUUUGGACUUUUUGAUUUAAUUCAUCAUCAAUGCUUUGAUGGCUUUUUUAUAUAGUUGUUCAAUUUUUAAAAUUGAUUGUUUACUUGUUAUUAAUAUGCAGGUCCUUGGACUAAAUUUCUCACUGCUCCCCAUCUCCACUGUAUUCAUUCCCUCUCUAGCUCCAAGCAGUCUCUAACACAAUCUUGAUUAAGCUCUAGUUCCAAAAUUGGGGUAAAUUGCUCUUUUGUUUAUUAAAUCUUGGGAUAGUGAAAUAUUAAUCAAGAAAAUCAUUCAUUGUAAAUAAACAGUAUGCUUUCUUUUUAGAUUUGAAUAGUAUGGGAAAUUAAUACAUAAGCUUAUCCUAAAUUCAAAAUCUGGAAGAAAGCACCAUAAAUAUUUUAUGUGAUCUGUUUGUUGCCUUGAAGAUAUUAGGCACUGAUUCUUACAGAUAAAUCUGAACAAAAUAUAUCUUAAAAUGAGGCUUGUAAGUUAAGAAUCUUGUGCCUAUUUAGCAGCAUAUUAAUGUGGAAGUAAUUUUAAUGUUAAAUUUAUGUUUGUUCAUAUGUAGAUAAUACACUGACAAACCUAACACUGGAAAACUUGUCAAACCUGCUACUCCAGUAAAUAAUUCUAUUUGGGAUGGCAAUUUAUACUGAUUAAAAUGGAAAUGUGAUAUCUGCAUAUUAUCCAACAUUUGCUCAAGAUACUUUGCACUAACAAACAUUUAGUACAAUUGUGCUGUCACUUUACAAAAUCUUAAACAUUCCCUCACAACAUUUGUUAAAUUACACAGUGAUCCCAUUUAUUCAGCACUGAAAAGAACAAAGUGUAGUAAAUGUUGAUAUAGAAUUUAUAAAAGAUCAAAAUAUUUACUCGAGGGCACAAUUCUUAACUUUUUUGCAAAAUAUACUUUUUGUCAUUGCUGAACAUACUGUGUCUGUAAUUUUACAUUUUCUGUUAUAGUUUUUAAAUACAAAAUAUAAACAAACUACUCCCUAUAACCAUAUAAACAUAAAUGGCUAAAAGUGACAUUUAAUCAAAAUUCUAGUUUCUAAUAUGACUGUCACUGUCCAAAAGUGACUAAGUUACAAUAUUAUUGUAAAUUGGUUGAAUUUUAUUUUUUAAAGUGUUACAAAUUGCAAUUGUUUCUCGUUUUCUUUUCAGAUUUGCAUUAUUUUGGAUUCCAACACUGCAUUUGAUUCUUUAGUGUGUAUUGAUAAAAAGCAUUGUG